CCAUCUUGUAACUGACUGUGCACGUAAAUGCAGCAGAGCGACUCUAGCGAUACGCAGUUGUUUCACACGACACGACAUCUGCGGAGCUAUCCAGGGCUGCAUUCUCGCGCUGUUCUACCUGUACGUACUUGUAGCGCCGAGAACUGAGAGGUGCGCAUGCGCAUCGCAAGCCGUUACCAUGGAUACGGCAUAGUGUCCGUUGUGCGGUGACGUCUCCUAAUGAUCGCCAAUAAUGUGCGAGGGUCCCUCUUCGAUCUCCGGCCCGAUCCCUCCGGACCCCUCGCUCUUUCCGGAACGCUACAGACAGCCCGCCUCCGCAAGAGGGCGUCUUGAGGGGAACCAGGAGCCGCCGCCGCCGCAUCUGGCCCUGCCGUCAGGGCCCCUUGCACCCGAUCCUUUACUGUAUCCCGGAUACUACAGCGCUCGAACCCCCGCCCCCCCUCGCGCCGGCGCCGCUGCCGCCCACAUCCGCGAGAGGAGCCAAAAGGGAAUGGUGGGGCUGCUGCUCAAGAUGGAGGGCGUUUCUCUCGGCUCGACCCCCCCCAGAUCCCACCCACAGCCACGAGAUUAUGGCAAGGAGAAUGUUCGCAGGCUGAGGGAGAUCCAGAAGCGGUGCAGGGAGCAGGAGGCCGAGAGGGAGCGCACCAGGCCCCUGCCUGUCAAGGCUCUCUGGACUUCUUCCAAAUACCAGAAUGUCACGUCCAAAGUGAUGAUUCAGCUGCAGGAAGCAAACCCCCCCAAGAAGCCAGAGUGCCAGAACUUCCUGAGAGCUCACUCUGGGAGCAGCCCGACGAGGUCUCUCCUGCUCCAACGCUGCCCGUCAUCGCAGAGCCUGAACAGCUGCGAUUCGGAGAUGCAGGUGUGUGGGAGAACGGUCGAUUUCGUGGGCCUCAAUGCUCGGGCUGCGGGGAAGACCGCUCUGCGUCGCUCCCGCUCCUUGCAGAACAUUUCAAGGGAGCAGCCGAAGCCCGUCUGUGCACCGCGGGGCCUCGUGCCGCACUACCUGGAGAAGAGGAAGAGGCAGUGGCGGCAGGAGGAGGAGGACAGGAGGAAGAACAUGCCUGAUCCAUCAGUCCCAGCUGGUCAUACUCUAGUACCGGAGAAGGAGAGGCAGGAGAUGCUCCAGUCGCUUAAAAACACACAGCAAACCCUGGUGAAGGAGCUGCUCGCGCUGCCGAUGCGCACCGACACGCUGAGCGUCCGGUCUCGUCGCGCGCACCUGGACUGCAGGCUGUCGGAGCUGGACGAGGCCAUCAAGGUCUUCUCCCGGGACAAAGUGUUUGUGAGGACCGACUCGUAGCAGCUUCUGCUUCAAGAAGGACCAAGAGGCCCAGAAGCGCAGUUGGAACACAGAUAUUUUGUCCACUUUAGUUCGGGUAAUUUAAAGUGUAAUGUGGAGGUGUCAUUCCUGUCGGCCUCACCUGAGCUCUCCGUCAGUCAGAGAGGCGUGUAUCUGGACGCCGAACACAGUGAAAAGUUUGCCGAGCGCAUCGCGAGUUGUGCGCUAAUACCCUCAAGUAUGAACGUACGUGUCGCGUUAAAAACUCUGUAACUUCAUAACUGCUUGUAAGGCCGCUGUUUACACUGUUUACAUGCAGAAGAAGCAUCAUGAGCUGUUUUUCAUUAGCGCUCUUGCUACAGUCCUCGGGACACCUGGUACCCUGCGGUCAGUUUGUCGCUACGUCACGUUCAGAGGCCGUUUUUUCGUCUCAUACGGUGAGAAAACCACACCUUCAUUAUGACAUUCAAAGCGUUGGCGUUCUGCUCACGUCAAACAUGAGAAAUGUGUCGCUUUCUACGCGUACAAAUUACAGCAGUGCCAUAGUGUGACUUUUUACCCCUAUGAAGUUCGCGGGGAGACAGAGACGCAGACGCUCGAUGCUCAAAGCACCUUCCGUUGGUCUACGCUGCUGUUUGAAAGAGCCCGCAGUACAGGGGCAGCGGUGCGCGGCGCUGGUGGAGAACCGUCGUUUUUGGGGGACGGAUAAUAACGUUACACGAGUAGCAGCCCAUGGAACCGCUAGGAAAUACGCAGGUAAUUAUGAGAGAGGAUGGAAGGCGAGGGAGAACGUAGGGAGAAGAUAGGAGAUCGGGAGGGAAGUGGGUCUGAAAGGUGGGUUCUGACAUUUUGACGCUUCUUGAGUCGGGGGGGUCACAGAUAUCACGUCUUAUUUGUAGAUGCUGUAUGUGCAUAGAUAUUGGGGAGUAGAUCCAUCGAUGCUUUUGUAGACUGCAGUUAUAGUGCUGGACUCGAUGCGGGCAGAUAUAAGAAGGCCGGCGCAGAGAGACGAGGAGAAAAAAAACUAGUCGUACCGCGGUAUUCUGUGUCACGUGGACGGGUUUUAUGGCAAAGGCUGGAGGGCCUGAAAGCAGAUCAAACGGCUGCAUCGUGGGUUUCUUCCAGGUGCUCGUUUCCUCACCCACAAUAAAUAAAGAUG